CACUGCUCCCCGUUUCCAUGGCAUGGCCUCUUCCUGCUUCAGGGCCAGCUGAGUCUUGCUCAUUCAUCUCUGUUCUCAGGACACCUCCAGGAGAUCGGAAGGAGCCCCUUGGUCCUCUGCCAAGUUCUAGUGCAAGGUGCAGCAAAUCCUACGAAUCAAACACAUUCUUCUAUUGUAAGAUCAAAGCACAGCCAAGAGAAGAAGAAUGUUCCCUGAGGAAGCGUGGGGAGAGGAGGAGGAGGAAGAAGUCAUAACUGUGAAUGACAAGUGAGUGUAAUCUGGAGCCAGGGCAAUAGUGGGGGUCCCUCCCCACCCCACUUCAUAGUCCAGAGCUUCGCCCCAACCCAACCAUCUCUGCUUGGGUGGCUUGGUGAGCAGCAGGGCCCAUGUCUAGCUCCAGCCACCGUCCCUUGGGGACUUCCUGCUCUGGAUCCGAGGGGACGGUGGCAAGGCCCUCUGGGUGGAACUGCCCUGGAAGACGCCUCGGAAACUGGACUUUCAGUCAAAAAAAGAAUUAGGGAGGGGAAAUGGCCGACAUACAGAGAUUUAUGAAUAGAGAGAGAAGGGAAGCGUCAUCUUCAUGGUAUUUCCCUCUUAAUAUCCUUCUCCCUCAGAAUAAUGUCCCUCUUAAUAUCCUUCUCCCUCAGAAUAAUGUCCCUCUUAAUAUACUUCUCCCUCAUAAUAAUGUCCCUCUUAAUAUACUUCUCCCUCAUAAUAAUGUCCCUCUUAAUAUACUUCUCCCUCACAAUACUGUCCCUCUUAAUAUACUUCUCCCUCAUAAUAAUGUCCCUCCUAAUAUCCUUCUCCCUCACAAUAAUGUCCCUCUUAAUAUCCUUCUCCCUCAUAAUAAUGUCCCUCUUAAUAUACUUCUCCCUCAGAAUAAUGUCCCUCUUAAUAUCCUUCUCCCUCAUAAUAAUGUCCCUCUUAAUAUACUUCUCCCUCAUAAUAAUGUCCCUCUUAAUAUACUUCUCCCUCACAAUACUGUCCCUCUUAAUAUACUUCUCCCUCAUAAUAAUGUCCCUCCUAAUAUCCUUCUCCCUCACAAUAAUGUCCCUCUUAAUAUCCUUCUCCCUCAUAAUAAUGUCCCUCUUAAUAUACUUCUCCCUCAUAAUAAUGUCCCUCUUAAUAUACUUCUCCCUCAUAAUAAUGUCCCUCUUAAUAUCCUUCUCCCUCAUGUCCCUCUUAAUAUACUUCUCCCUCAUAAUAAUGUCCCUCUUAAUCUACUUCUCCCUCAUGUCCCUCUUAAUAUCCUUCUCCCUCAUAAUAAUGUCCCUCUUAAUCUACUUCUCCCUCAUGUCCCUCUUAAUAUCCUUCUCCCUCAUAAUAAUCUCCCUCUUAAUAUACUUCUCCCUCAUGUCCCUCUUAAUAUCCUUCUCCCUCAUAAUAAUGUCCCUCUUAAUAUCCUUCUCCCUCACAAUAAUGUCCCUCCGAGUGUCCUUCUCCCUCCUCCCUGUCUUCCAGUCCCACCUCCCUGGCCAGGGCCUGAGGUCCCUCUGGCUCCCUCCCGGACCCCCCAGCCUCUCUUCCCUCCCCUUCCCGCCUCCCGGGGCAGGGAGUUCCCCAGGCUUCCCCCGAGAGGAGACCCACCAGAGCCCGGCAGGCGAAGGCGAGGCCGGAAGGGACCUCAGAGGGCAGGAGAGGAGGAGGAGCGGCCCGCCUUCCUUUCCUGUCCUCUCUAGGAAGCCAGCUCGGCUCCUCUUAACCCUUCUCUCUCCCGGCGGAGGAGCCCGAGGCGUCGCGCAGGCGCAGAACUGCCCCUUCCGAGGGGAGGGGGGAGGGAGGAAGCAGGACCCAGAACCCGGGACUGGGCGCGUGUGCGUGUGAAGGGGGAACCCGUGUCCCGGAGGAGGAGCCCGUCUCUCUGCCUGGGGCUGCGAAGGGGCGUCUGGGCGGGGGAGAGGGGGGUCUUUGGGGGGCCAGAUGGGGUGAAGGGGGUGUCUCUUCUCCGGGGGGGGCGAGUCCCGCCUGGCUCUCUUGGGGGCCCCUGGGCGGGUCUGGGGGGGCUGCGGGGCAGAGAGCCCUGUCCCAGCAAGAGGGGGUCCCGGGGGGGGGGCUGAAGGGGCAGCUGGAGGGGGGAGACAUUGCCAGACAUGGCUGGGGGGCCAUUCUGUGUUCUCCCAUCUGCUGCUUCGUGUCUGUAUUUCAGCCAUAAAUAUCCCAUGUUCUUCUCUGUUAGUGAAGUCGCCUUUGAAGCAACACAGGAGCAGCCAAGGGGGUUUUCCUAGGAAGCCUUUUAUUCCCCUCUGGUGACAUUGUGUGUUCUGAACACGCUGGCAUUCUUAUACCCCCCAAAUUCCUGCAUUCAGUAAGUGUUAGAAUUUGGCUUAGACUUGGGUUGCCAGACCUGUGUUUAUUACACUGUGUGCUAGACACUUCCAAUCCUCUGGAAUCAGCGUGUCUUCAAAGCUCCUUCAACCAGGCAAGUUUGCCAUGAAGUGAGAGCCUGGGGUCAUGGGCUGUUCAGAGAACAAAGGAACUCUGUAGGAGAGCCAAAGGUGAGAGGGCCCUCUUCCUCCGCAGGUGAAGCAAGGUGAGCUGCAGAGCUUAGGAGUUAUGGGAUGGAGAAGUAGAGCAGCAGGCAGAGCAGGAUGGUUGAGGUCUGCUGGAAUCCACCAGAUUUUUAAAAAAUUUGUCAAAAUGUCUCUGGCCAGACGUUCUGGAGGAGACAUAACUGGGGGUGGAAGACUUGCUUUCCUCUUCUCUUCUCCUGCCCCCCCCUCAGCAAAACAUCUCACAGCUUCUCUAGCCUACAUAUAGUAGGAGUAUUGAAAGUGAGAGUCAUCAUCGCAUCCUCGUUUUUGCUCCUCAAAAUCUGCCCAGCCUCCCAGAGAAGGGCAACCAAGGAGAUGAAGACUCCGUCCUCUUCCUUCUGUGACGGCAGGUUGCUCUUGCUCCUUGUCCACCUUCCAAAAUGAAGAGCAGAAUCCUAAAGUUGGAAGGGACCCCAAGGUCCAUCUAGGCCAGGGGAGGCAACCUAAGGACCAGGGGCCGGAUGUGGCCCAAUCGCCUUCUCAAUCCGGCCCCCGGGAAUCAGCGUGUUUUUACAUGAGUAGAAUGUGUCCUUUUACUUAAAAUGCAUCUCUGGGUUAUUUGUGGGGCAUAGGAAUUGGUUCAUUCCCCCCCAAAAAUAUAAUCCGGCCCCCCACAUGGUCUGAGGGACGGUGGACCGGCCCCCGGCUGGAAAAGCUUGCUGACCCCGGAUCUAGGGCUGUUUUUAAAUGUCCCAACGCUGCCUGGCACUGGUCCCUCCAAAUGCUCUUGUCUGGCUGGUCUUUCUUCACCCAGUCAUGUCAAGGAGCAGCAUGGGGGCUAAAAGGAGGAAUAAAUGGAGGACAAUAUCCCACUCCCCCCAGAAAAGCUCUUCUUUCUCUUUCUGUGGAGGCUCUAGGCCCCUCUUGAAGGACCUUUGCCUUGCUCCAAUCAGGAUAAAUAUUUCCACCCCUUGGGACCCAAAUAUUUGACUUGCCUCGUUUUGAAAACUGGCAUUUUGAAGCUUGGACCGUUAGGCCUGCACACCAUCACCUUUUACAUACUUUACAUUUGCUGAGGUAAAAUCUCCACCCCUCAACAUUGCUUGCGGCAGUUCUGCCCUCGCCUUAAUCUCCUCCAUUUUGAAAGGAAGCAUCUCUUUUUCAUGGGCCAUCUUGGCCUCCCUGUCUCUUUCUUCUUGGGCUCAUCUCUCUCUCUCUCUCUCUCUCUCUCUCUCUCUCUCUCUCUCUCAGCCUGUAUCUCUGCUAGAUGAAGGGCAGCUGCCAUUCUGGCCUCUUCUCUUUCUUUCUCUGCUUCAACCUUAGACAAUUCCAAUCUUAGCCUCAUCAUCUCUAAUUCAGUAUAUUAGGAUUCUCCUCAGACGCAGCAGCUGGGUCAUCCUGAGUCUCUUUGGCUUGGCGCUUGCUGGUCAUUUUCUGACAGGAAUUUUUUCUCUUUUUAAUCAAAGAAUGUCACUCCUUUAUUAAACUGGUUGUUCUGUGUCUCUGGGUACGUUUCUGUGUGGGUUUUAACUUCGUAUCACGGCUCUUUCCCCCCCGGCACCCUUGGGCCUGCCCUUCAGGGUUGUCGUUUUGAGACCCCACUUCCUCCCCGGGUUUCCAAUUAUUACUUUUUCUGGAAGGGACUGAGCAUUACUGCUCCCCCUAAGUCUGUGGAGAGACAUGUUUUGUUGCAGCUGGGGCAGAUGAAGGAGUCUGGUUGUGUUGCUACAGAUGCACUUAACCUCAAGGUCAUGGGUUUGAGCCCCACAUUGGGCAAAAUAUUCUUCCAUUGCAGGGGGUUGGGCUAGAUGACCCUCUUGGUCCCUUCCAACUCUACGGUUCUGGGAUUGAUGUAGCAUCUCUUCACACAAGAGACUCAAGCUACAUUUUCUAUAGCCACCCUACUAGCCCUGACAAAACUCCAUUGCUUUCUUUUAUGGAUCCAAUGGCUUUUAGAUGCAACUGGAACUUUUGCUGUUGUUAAAGCGCUUAAAUCUUGAUGGCUAAAAUGACAUAUAGAAUUUGAGGUACAAAAAGGUACAAAGAAGAGUGGGGUAAAUUUGUGGUAUAUAUAAGAAAUAACUAGAAGUUUAAAAACUACGGUAGGGUUAACAUAAAUCCUGUGAUGUGUAUAGAAGGUCAAUAAGAAUCUACAAGAGAAGAUAUGUUUUAAGAAAACCAACGCAGGGAAGGAAGGAAGUCGCGGCGUGAAUAUACGCAAUGUAAAUAAGAUAACACAAAAUGUUGAUUGUAAAAGAUUGUUUUGUUUGUUGUCUGUGGAAAAUUUAAUAAAAAAGCAUUUAAAAAAAAAAAUCUUGAUGGUCUUUCAUUUCAGGAAUGCCUCUGCAUGCCAACAAGUUGUUGAAAGAGAUCGAUGAUACCGUGUCGGAGGGGGAGAGGGGCUCAGGGCUCUAUGAAUGCCACAACACGCAGGGCUAUCCAUAAACAGUGUUUAUGGAAGUCAAUCUUACUCGGCUACGAGGGAUCGCCAAAGAAGAAGAUUCCUGCGCCACCUCCCUGUCAAAAAUUCUGAUAUGUGUACAUUAACUUGAUGAAGGCAGCUGGAUGAUGAAGGCAGGAUUACAAAGGAAUAGGCAUAUAGCUUCACAUAGCAGGUCAACCUUCCUUGGCAGCUUCUAGACAUAUGCGUAGGCUUUUCCCAGGAAUCUUACAUCUGAAAAGGCAGCACUUGCCAAAUAAAUCUACUCUCUUCCAAGGAAAAGACCUGCUUUCUCAGCAAAGUGUGAAUGCUGUCAGUGGGCCAAACAUCCCUAAUGAUAUUUCAGCAAGCUUUGGGACCUGUAGAGAGGACACUAUUAUCUCUUUUCCAGACGGGCCACGUGAAACCAGGUGUUAAGUAAGUGAAGGCUACACAUGCUUCCAUUUCCUUCUGACUUUAGGGGUGCUCAAGAAACUGUUGAGGUUUAAUCACCGAAUCAAAUGCAGCUGGCUCACAGUUGGAUGCUACCAGGAUACUGAUGGCACUGCACCUAAACUUCACACUACGUUACCAAGAAUUUUGUUUUUUUCGUAGAUAAGAUCCUUUCUCGUAAAUUUGAUUGAUCCUUAGUGAAUUCAGCAGAUCUAAGGCUCAUGCGCCAUACCCCCAACAUCUUUCUUUGGCAAUCCCUCGUAGCUGCAUAAGAUUGUCUUCCAUGAACUUGGCCUUAACAGUGAGUCUGUAAGUGACUGUGGAGGCCAAUUCUGGAUCCACACGUCCUUCCACAGUGGGGACAUUGGUUUCCGGGCAGGAGUUGAUCCUGGUGUGGAUUUGCCAAACACCCUUCCUCUUAGCACUGUUUCUUCCUGACUUCGAAAGACUUCAAAGCCCAUCACACCUUUGGUCAAGGCUGUUCUCCAACUGGAGCACUUGCAGGCCAGUGUUUCCCAGUUGUCGGUGUUUAUACUACUUUUAAAAGAUUUGCCUUGAGACAAUCUUUAAACCUCUUUUGUUGACCACCAGCAUUACGCUUUCCAUUUUUAAGUUCGGAAUAGAGUAGUUGCUUUGGAAGACGAUCGUCAGGCAUCCGCACAACAUGACCAGUCCAACCAAGUUGAUGUUGAAGAAUCAUCGCUUCAACACUGGUGAUCUUUGCUUCUCCCAGUACACUGGUAUUAGUUCGCCUGUCUUCCCAAGUGAUGUGUAGAAUUUUUCGGAGACCCCAUUGACAGAAUCUUUUGAGGAGUUGGAGAUGGCGUUUGUAAGUGGUCCAUGUUUCCCAAGCAUACAGUAAGGUUGGUAGUAAAAUAGCUUUGUAAACAAGCAUUUUGGUUUCCCUGCCAAUGUCCCGGUCCUCAAACACUCUGCCCUUCCGUUAACCCCCAACACACACACACAUGCCUGCAUGCUCUUAGCUGACCCGCCACUCAUUCCUCCGUUGACCCUGAUAUAAGCUGGAGAAAAGGGACAUUCUAGGAAGCAUCGAUGGUCAUCUCUGCUGCUCCAACUGCCACUCCCUGUUUGGUUCCUGUACUUCAGAAGUUACGUGGACAGCCACAUAGGUAAGAAUUCAGGAGGUUGUCCGUUGCCUCGCACUGAGUCCAGACCUGUUGGUCCAUCUGGCUCAACAUCGCCUUCAAAGACCAGCUGGGUGGCUCUCUCGGGUUUCGGACAGACACCUUUUGCCAGCCCUAUCUGGAGAUGCGCAGUAUUGAACCUGGCAGGCAACACGUGUGCUCUGCUGCCCCGACUUGUGGCCAAGAGGGAGGGUCUCCUAGGAGGCGAUGAAGGGGGUGCGAGGCAGCAGCUGGAACAUCUGGUGGGUGGUGCGGUGGGAAAAAGAUUGACCGUGUCUUUCCUGAGGCCGAAACUCAAGAGGCGAGGUGCAGAAAAGCAAAGCAAACAGGAAUUGCCAGUUUAUUCCAUGCUCAACCCUAGAGGUCCAGCUACUAACGAUCUGGAAAGCUAGCAAAAAACAAAAGGGCAGGACCCCAAACAAAGGGAUCCAAAGAUUUUUAUACCCAUUUUAAAACAAGCAGAUUUUUACUUGCAGGAGGAGCUAUCUGUCUUCCUCGUACUAACGACAAUUCUGGCUAGAUCUCAUUUCUUUUCCAGCUGUCUCUAGUUCAGGCAUAGGCAAACUCGGCCCGCCAGAUGUGUUGAGACUACAACUCCCAUCAUCCCUAGCUAACAGGACCAGUGGUCAGGGAUGAUGGGAUUUGUAGUCUCAAAACAUCUGAAGGGCCGAGAUUGGCUAUGCCUGCUCUAGUUCCUACUACUCGGCCAGCAUCGUUUGUUCUGCCUAAACGUUAUGGUGACUGCUACUUUUUCUUUCGGUUCAUUGUUCUGCGCACAUCAGCAGUGAAGGAUGCAGCAUCACACACGCAUGCCCACACGGACAUGAGCACAUUGCCACCUCCAGCUUUUACAUGCCCAUUCAGCUCAGCCAUUUUUAUUCAUUUAUCGUAUCCAUUUUAGAGGAUGUCUGAUAUCUUUUUUAAAACAACAACAACCACCACCUCUAAGCGUUGUACAAAGCAAAAGCCAUAAAAAUCACAGGACUAGAAGGCAAAUAAAGCAAAAAUGCAUACAGGCAACUAACUCCCUGCUUACACACACUCAAGCCACGUGUGACUGCGUCGCCACGAACCUGGAAGAGGCAUGAAUAUUGGCAAAAACAGCCCUAAAAGAGCACAAAAAAGGGCACGAAAACAGCCUCUAGCCUUUGCACCAACCUUUGAGGCCUGGGGAGGGUUGGAGUUUGAGCGAGGAGGUUUGGAGAGAGCAAUUGUGGUAGAGUUAGAUGGGGUUUUCAAUUUUUGUAAGGUUUUUUUUCAAGGGAGUCCAGUGGCUUAGAGGGCGUUUGCAGGUUCUCUCUUUUUUUUUUAAGAAUAAUUUUUUAUUAACCAACCAAUCACAUCAAAUCAAACCAAAUUACAUAAAUUCCAAAUUACACAGCCGAAUUUUAAAUUUUUGUUGGGGGUACCCAUAUUUCAAGUUCCGAAGGGGAUCCAAUCAACUUCUUGCUUCUUACUGCUGUUUUAAUGUCCAUCAAUCUAACCUUAUGAUGUUCACAGUACUAUCCAGUCCUUUCUUAUUGUUUUUCCACAUCUCUUGUUGUUAUUUUCAUAUAUUUUUCCUUUCUCUUUGUGACCUCUGAUAAUCUCCGCAAGCUGGUUAGAACAGUUUGUAAUCCUGCGUGGAUAUUAUUUCUUUUAUCCAGCAGCCAUAUCCAGACGUUUUCCAUAUAACAUCACUUCCAUACAUCAAAGCAGUCUUAGCGUCAUUAAUCUUCACCAAUCUGCCUCCUUUCUCAAAACCUCUGAGGAGAUUCACUAGGAAUGCAGUCUGAAAACAAAUCCGUUCUUCCUCCCGGCUAUAAAUCCUUUGGCAAGAUGGCGACUCCGAAUUAAUUGCUGCGCCAUUCCCAAAAGCUCUUAUUGCUUCUCGGUCUCCAUAAAGCAUACUUUUGGUUAAAGUUUAUCUCCACACAGACCUUAAUCAUCCUGCUUGGGUUAGUUCAACCGACGGUUCUAAUGAGGAGUACGGUAAAUCACAUAGAUUCUUGUAAAUCACAUAGAAGGAAAGUAAAAAAGGUUCCCCCCCCCCAUUCAGCCCCGUUGUCAACAUACCCCGCCUUUGGUGUAUCUUCAUCAUAACAUAUUCCUGUUUCUCCAGCCCGUCGUCUUCUUUCGCAGAGGUCACUUAAAUUAGCAGACUUCACUCCCCUUCUUCACUUGAAAUAUGUGCAUUUGCUUCUUUUGUAAUGAAUUAUUCCAAAUUGCUGCAACUAGUGCGCGAUCAGAGACAGCGUCCAGGAGAGCCGAGGUCCACACGGGGGCAUUCUGCCUAGAGCCCUCACCCCCUUCUUUCGAAUUAGGUGGUGAUUUAUGGGCACAGCAGGCAAGGGCAGUGUUCCCCAUUUCCUUGGGGCAACAAGGGAGGUUGCCUACUCCCAUAACAGCCUCUUAAUUACCCCGUGUGGGUCGGAGAGAUGGUAUUGUCGGCCAUCUUCCAAUGCGCCCCCUAGUGGCCCCUCGUUUGCAGGUUUUCUCAAUGGUGUUUCCGAUUUACGCGAUUUCACUUAAAGGUGCGGUGCCUCGGAACGCAACCCCCACAUAAGCAGGGAGUUGCCUGUGGUGUCAAAUAAAAAAUCCAGAAUCAAAACACCGAGCAGUACAAUCUGAAAAUUUAUGGGAACUAUUUGUUAAUAGGCACCUAAAACUUGCCACAGCUGCCAGCCCAGAAGCAAAUAUGGCUAGGAAGCAGCGAUGGUAGCCGUGGCACAGGGAGUUGAGCAGUUGGCUUGUGCCUCCUUCAUCUCAGUGUUGCCCUCCUAGCAUUCAGCAGGGAGGAAGAUGGGGGCAAACCAGAAUUAGCUGGCUGUUCCUGCGCCAUCUUCGGUUCUGGUGUCCCUUCUGUUGACCUCUCUGCCCGCCACCCUACCAGUGCCAAGGGGUGGGGACCGGACUCUACUCAUUAUCCUACCCUUCUUUGGCAGAGUUAAACAGCCUGUGGAUUGGGGACUUUUUAAACGCCACAAUGAUGAGUAAGCCCAUCUACAUUUCACUCCAGCGGAAGGGAGAGGCACCUCUGGAUAAAGAAAAUCGGGGUGUGUAACGUAGUUUCCAAAUCAGCGUCUUAGAUUUCAGUUCUCUUCUCCAGUUCUACUUGCUGCUGGUCCUCAUAAAGGUAAAGGUAAAGGUACCCCUGCCCGUACAGGCCAGUCGUGUCCGACUCUGGGGUUGCGUGCUCAUCUCGCUCUAGAGGCCGUGAGCCGGCGCCGUCCGAAGACACUUCCGGGUCACGUGGCCAGCGUGACGAAGCUGCUCUGGCGAGCCAGCACCAGCGCAGCACACGGAAACGCCGUUUACCUUCCCGCUAUAAAACGGUACCUAUUUAUCUACUUGCACUUAAGAGUGCUUUCGAACUGCUAGGUGGGCAGGAGCUGGGACCGAACGACGGGAGCUCACCCCGCCACGGGGAUUCGAACCGCCGACCAUGCGAUCGGCAAGUCCUAGGCACUGAGGUUUUACCCACAGCACCACCCGCGUCCCUGGUUGGUCCCCAUAGUCUGGUGAAAUUUAAAAAUAAAAUAAAAAUCAUUUUGAUUUCCUUCUAUUUUUUUUACAGAGGAACCAGGAACAAAUGAAACCAUUUACUGCCAAGCCUUGGCUGAGACUCUGCACCAUAUUCCCCUGCCUGUGACGGUGGGACUCUACGCACCCUGGGGGAGAGGCAAGAAAAGGCUCUUGUGUGAAAUUGAAGGUAAGGACCACCAUCCCUCAAACAUGAGUCAUCACAGAUGAAAGAGAGAGUUCAGAGCGUAUUUAAUUAUACAACAGCGAGAGGGUCGUUCACUGUCUACCAGCUCCACCUGUCUCACCAGAGUGGUGCACGCUCUAGUUAUCUCCGGCUUGGACUACUGCAUGCGCUCUGUGGGGCUACCUUUGAAGGUAACCCAGAAACUACAAUUAAUCCAGAAUGUGGCAGCUAGACUGGUGACUGGGAGCAGCUGCUGAGACCACAUAACACCAGUCUUGAAAGACCUACACUGGCUCCCAGUACGUUUCCAAGCACAAUUCAGAGUGUUGGUGCUGACCUUGAAAGCCCUAAAUGGCCUCAGCCCAGUGUUCCUGAAGGAGUGUCUCCAACUCCAUCUUUCUGCCUGGACACUGAGGUCCAGCUCUGAGGGCCUUCUGGCAGUUCCCUUGCUGUGAGAAGCGAAGUUACAGGGACCCAGACAGAGGGCCUUCUUGGUAGUGACACCCACCCUGUGGAACGCCCUCCCAUCAGAUGCCAAAGAAAUAAACAACUAUCUGACGUUUAGAAGACACCUGAAGGCAGCCCUGUUUAGGGAAGUUUUUAAUGACUGAUGUUUUAAUGUAUUUUUAACCUUCUGUUGGAAGCCACCCACAGUGGCUGGGGAAACACAGCCAGAUGGGCGGGGAAUAAAUAAAUUAUUAUUAUUAUUAUUAUUAUUAUUAUUAUUAUCAUCAUCAUCAUCAUCAUCAUCAUCAUCAUUAUUUGGGCUGUCCCAGUGCCCAAGACAGCUUUCCCCAACCUAGUGCCCUCCAUAUGUUUUUGGACUAAAACUCCCAUCAGCCCCAAGCAGUCCAAAACACACAGAGGGCACCAGAUUGGCAAAGGCUGCUGUAGAUUUCCAAGCAAGACCUGCUGACUGAGAUGCAGGGACUCUGUGAUGCCAGGGGAGCAUCCAUUUCCCCAUGCAGUCUGGGCAGGACUGGGGAGCAGCACUAGAAUGGGUCCUCAUUGCCAUGCAACCUGGCCAACCGUUAUGAGAGAUUACGGUAGCAGUGUGUUGUGCAUGGGGUGUUAGGGGAGGGGUAGCGCCUCUGGUGGGGGAUACUGUACAUCGUGCUCCUUCUGGAGUAGUUUGUCCACUUGGUCCCCACCCUGCACUCUGCUCUCACCUGGGGCUCCGAGAAGCUGUCAGCAGGUGACAUUGGCCACACCCAGGCGAGAGCAGCUGAUGGGUCUCAAACCCUCAAUGAGUUAGGGGCUUCCCCUGAAUGAGUGGGUCCAGUGGUCAAGAAGGGGGUUUCUGCAUGUGCUGUAGAGGGAAGUGAGGGGCAGGUUGGCAGGUAGCCCAUCUAGGAGAAGGAAAACUCUGAUCCUAAACCAGAGUUUGGCAGCCUAAGGCCCAUGGGCUGGUUCUGGCCCAGGAGCUUCCUGGAACCGGCCCACGGUCGUUCUGUGGAUCGGCAUGGGGAUUCCAUGCUUUCCCCCCACGGCACCAUUUUUCCUCUCGCCGCGGGCACCGACUUCUGGGGUCUUGUUGUCUGGGCAGCCCAGGACCUCCAGACACACUGCCCGGGUUUGUGCCCUGGGAGGUCAUUUCAGUGCUGCUUCACCCCCGGAGGUGCACUCCAAUGUCUCUUGAGACAGGAGGGUGCCCACUGGGAUAUCCAAGACAUCUUUCCUGAAUUGUCUAGUCCUCUGUACUUGCAGGGAUGCAAGGAAAGGCAUGCCGACUGUGUCAGGAGGGCUGCAGCUCAGGGUCAGAGCAGGAGGCCCCUGAGUUCAAUCCCCAGAAGCUCUAGGUAGGGCUGGGAGAGAAAAGAUUCGUUGAGGAGGAUCUGUUCAGGUGGACCUCGUAUCCCGAGAGCGUGGUCUGCAGCAGCAUGCUGAUGAAUUGGGAACUGGUGUGAGCACAAGGCAUAAGAACCUAGUUACAGGUAGGUAGCUGUGUUGGUCUGCCGUAGUCGAAAGAAAAUUUGAAAAUUUAUUUUUUUUAAAAAAAAAAUCCUUCCAGUAGCACCUUAGAGACCAGCUAAGUUUGUUAUUGGUAUGAGCUUUCGUGUGCAUGCACACUUCUUCAGAUACCAUAGCAUGCACAUGAAAGCUCAUACCAAUAACAAACUUAGUUGGUCUCUAAGGUGCUACUGGAAGGAAUUUUUUAAAAAAAAUUAAAUUAUUUCAUAAGAACCUAAGCAGAGUCUGCUGGAUCAGAGCAACGCCCAUCUAGUCCAGCGAGUUCCAUAGUUUAACUAUGUGCCGCGUGAAGGAGGACUUUCGUUUAUUCUGUCUGGAAUCUUCCAAUGUGAUGCUCUCUGUUGCAGAUCACAUGCGCUGGCGAAGCAAACAAAAUGGAAGUGAAGCUGCAAGGACCACGUACUCCCUGCUUUUGUUCCUCUGGCACAUCAUCUUCGCGCACCCCCUUCUGCGCUCAGCAAAGCCUGAAGGCAUCCACUAUAUUUUCAUCAACUUCAACGCCUGGGAAUACGCAGGAUGCGAUCAUACCUGGGCUGGCAUCGUCACAACACUGCUGGAUGAAAUGGAAGGCAAUUACAGGAUCCUGUUCAGCACUUUUCGGUCCUUUGGUGUGAAAUUCAAGGAAGAGCCAGUUAUGCGGAAAAAGAAAUGGGCUUUGAAAGGAUGGAGCAAGCUCUUUUGGUUUGGCCUCUUGUGUCUGUUCCUUGGAUUGUUUCUGAGCACGGUGCUGACGAGGCUGAAAUUGGGCGGUGGUUUAUGGAAAAGCGUGGCACACACAACAACAGCAGUGCUGGGCGCAUCCACUCUGCCUUUUAUGAGCUGCACAAGAAACAUUUUCUUCACUCUGAAAAAGAAACUCCAGGCGAAAAUGAACGCCAAGGACCAGCUGGGCUUCAUGCACUUUGUGAAGGAAGAGGUGAAAACAAUCACUCAUUUCCUACAAUUCAUGGCAUUUGAGGAGGACCGAGAGAUCCGGGUGGUUCUGAAGAUCAUCAAUUUAGACCUCUGCACUCCGGACAAAGUGGUGGCCGUCCUAGACGCCAUCAAAAUCCUCCUUUCAGAAGAAGACGCUCCUUAUAUCACCAUCUUGGUCGCUGACCCAGGAAUCCUGGUGGACAGCAUUCAGUCGUCGAAGACCACCUGCAGCAAUGGCUACUUGUACUUAAAUCGAAUCAUCUCUCUCCCCUUCUCCCUGCCCCGGAUGAGCUGCAAGGGCAAGAGGCAGAUGCUCACAGGGAUUCUGAACGGUAAAAGGAAACGGGGGCAGGAUUGUGCUACUAAUCUGGAAACAUGGGCUCACAAGCAAAACAGCAAAGGGGUCAAAGAAGCCAUGGGCUCGUUGGCCACAGAGGAAGUCCAGCACAUCUUCCAAGACCUGAGCCAUGAGAAUUUUGAAGACUACGUCCCAGGAAAUUUUGUCCAAAUGAACCGGGUCGUCAACACAGUGCUGACCAUUAGGUCCAUGCUUGACCUAGGAUAUAAGCCCCAAUCCGGACUGAAUGUCAGUAGAGAAGAUGACAGGUUGGCGACCAAAGAGGUGGUCGAUUGGGUUAUCCUUGCCCAUUUUUGGCCUUGCCGCCUGAGCUGGAUUUUGCAGUGUGCAGAAGACGAGCAGCAGGAGGAAAAGCUCAUUGAAAGCCGGGCCAGGGGCUCGCAGCUGAAGCAAGGCCAUGGCAGAGGUGGAGGAGGAGAUCUGCAGGACAAAGCAUCCAAAAGAGACAGCAAGGCCUUGUUGCCGUUUUAUGAGGACAAUGCUUUGGAGCUGGACAAGAUUAAGAACGAUGUCAGAAAACUUUUGGAGCUCGAUGCGGACCCUGAUCUUUUCCGAACCUUCUUGCAGAAGAGCCAUUUUACGGUGGGGCAGGCCAGGUAUUUUUCCAACUUCCUCAUCAAUUUAGACUUCUCUCUGAAGAGGCAGUUUGAGUUGCAGCGGGGCCUGAAUCACAUAGUCCGGAGGAAAAACAGGGAGGGCGAGACACCGUCUGCGGAGAAAACUGCUGGGUUGGGAGGUGAAGGAUAACUCCAGAGCUGCUCAUUGCGGCAGAAAGAUAAUAAUAAUUUUUAAAAGGAUCCUAGACACCCUUCACGAGCCUAGCGCCCCUCAGAUGUUUCGGACUACAACGCUGAGAUGAAUUCAACCAUAUUUCACUGCAGAUAUUGGGGGGGGUGUGUGUUUUUUUUAAAAAAGCCUGCAUGGGACAGGAAGAGAGGAAUGAAGUGUGCUGUAUAUGAUAUGCAUUUGUGACAGAUACCAAUCUCACCCCCAAACAGUGGCGUAGCGUGGGGGGUGCAGGGGGGGCCGGCCGCACCGGGCGCAACAUCUGGGGGGGUGGCUCUCGCACUCACAGCUCUCUGCCCCUACCUGGCUCCACAGGUUAGGGGGCGCAAAUUACUUGCCUUGCCCCGGGUGCUGACAACCCACGCUACGCCACUGCCCCCAAAUUAAAUUAUGUCUUAUGAAAACAUUAGAUUAUUUUGUCUGUCACUUACUCUGGUCAUUUCAUGGGUUUGGACCAUUUUCGCCACCACCACCACCUCAUUCUACAGCUCCCAGAAUCUUAGCUCUUGAGCCUCUUUUUCAGUGUUACACAAAAACCACAGUCUGACUUUGGCGUCUCUCCCAUACACCUAGGUUCACAGAUUUGUCACCUUGUCCUUUUUUUAAAAGCCAUCCAAGUUUGUGGCCAUCACUCCUGCUUGUGGGAUCAAAUGCCAUACAGUAGUUUAUUUAUGUAUUUUAGGUAGUGCUUUUUUUCUGGGGGGACACAGGGGUACGCAUUCCCCUAAACAUUUUGUGGAUCUAAGUUUGGCCUAAUUGAGGGAAAGUAUUUCAAUAUGAGUAGGAAAACAAGAGUACCCCUAAACAUUUUUUAAGGAAAAAAAGCACUGAUUUAAUGUAUAUACUGCCUAGUUUUAACCCCCCUCCCAAAAAAACCCCCCACUCUCAAAGCAAUUCACUUUGUGAAUUACAUUCUUUUGCUUAUCCUGAAUCUUCCAACUGAUUAAAUAGAUUGUAUCUUAUGCAGAUUAUGGGUAAAUAAAUCAC